AUGGCUGCCUCGAUCCCAACCACCCCAUCGACAACGCCACCCACCGCCUCAGCCGUCUCAACACUCAUCGAUCGCUCGGGCGCCAAAUCCGCCUCGGAGUCUCUGGCGGUGGCCAUCCUGCACAACCUGCAGCACCAGCACGAGUGGACCGAUCUGAGACUCCAUCUCGUCUAUCCCAGCCACAGCGCCGUCACUGCAGGGCUGGUUGACCUGGACGGAAUCAAAUUCGUGCAUUCGAAUCCGUCGUCAAGAUCGCCCUCGCCGUCACUGUCGGGGUCAGGAUCAUCCACCCCGACCAUAGAGGGGAAUGGAAACACCUCGACACUGCCAGCGGCCACCACUGCCUCUCCUGGCGGCGGCAUUGUAGUUCCCAUCAUCUCGGGCCUCCCACCCCAGCACGCCUACCUGCAUCCGGAUCUGCAGACGUACCUAAUCAAGCACAAGAUCAAGGACUCCGAGAUCCCUUUACAGAGGGAGUUUGUGCUGCCACUGGCACUGGGCGAGAAAUGGAGCCUGGCGAGGCUGUGUGGUGUCUUCGACCAGUUGCCGGAGAGGGAGGUCAUCAGGCUGUCUCAUCCUAGCCAGACCGGCGGGGAUCAGAGAGGGAAGCGUGGCAGCAGCAAUGCGGAUGAGAUUGUCAACGGGAAUUCAACGCCACUCGACAACACGGCCACUGAGGGGCCCUCAACUAAGACCUCACCCAGAACAGACAGAACUGGUCGUGAGCGCGCAGAAACGGUGUACGAACACAAGGACACUAAAAGGGUGCUCUUCGGCAUGCGUGCUCGCGACGGCGGCGGAGGUGACGGCACCAUUGUGUACUACAUCAUGCAGGAAGGGGAGGUCAAGCCCCGGCAGAACGGAUGA